AUGAAGUGUUUCGCGUGUGCUUUAGCAGUGGUCGCUGUUGUGAGCGCCUGCCAGCAUGAGGUGCAGCACGUGGAAAAGUUUCACGGCCUCGAGCAACGCCUCACCAAGCGCCAGGAAGCUACCGCUUUCCCACCGGCGCUCGACGAGAACGAAUCGGUCCUGCUCGGUAGCUUCGAGGCAGCUGAUAUCGACACCUGGAGCUACUACUACACCCAUGGCCUGCAUAUAGCUGGAUCCAAUCAAUCUCAGGCCCAGUGGACUGCAGAUCGCUGGGCUGAGAAUGGAUUCCAGUCGGGCCUGGCCACGUAUUACACGUACCUCAACUACCCAGUCUCCAAGUCGGUGACCCUGACAUAUCCCAACGGCUCGGUGUACACACCCUCGCUCGCAGAAGACGUGCUCGAAGAGGAUGAGACGACCGGCUGGCCAAACCGAACUCCCACCUUUCACGGGUACUCCUGGACAGGGGAUGCCCAAGGCGAGCUUGUCUACGUUGGGCGCGGCCAGCAAGUCGACUUUGACCGCCUGGUAGAGCUCGGCGUCGAGCUGGAAGGCAAGAUCGCUUUGGCUAGGUAUGGCGGGCCUUUCCGAGGAUUGAAGGUCAAGAAUUCGCAGCAGUACGGUCUGGUUGGGACUUUGAUCUAUACGGACAUUGCAGAUGACGGGAACGUGACGACUCAGAACGGCUAUGCGGCGUAUCCGGAAGGCUAUGCUCGCAAUCCUACGAGUGUACAGAAGGGUGAUGUACAAUUCCUCAGCCAGUAUCCAGGCGAUCCCACUACUCCCGGCUAUCCCUCGAAAGAAGGCUCGCCCCGCACAGGCACUGAACUUGUGACACCACGCAUCCCUUCCAUUCCAAUUUCCUGGCAGGACGCCCUUCCCUUGUUGGAGACCCUGGACGGCAACGGUCCCGCAGGCGACGAGAUCAAUCGCACCAACUGGGUUGGCGCCGCGAACUACAGCUACUCUUCUGGUCCUACUACUGGCGUGACUUUGUCUAUGAGUAACGUCAUGGAAGACAAGAUCACUCCCAUCUGGAAUGCAGUUGGUGUCAUCAACGGCACAAACGAGGAUGAGGUUGUCGUUGUUGGGAACCACCGCGACGCUUGGAUGAUUGGAGGUGCCGCUGAUCCAAACUCAGGUAGUGCCUGUAUGAUUGAGCUAUCGAAAGCCUUCGGAGCCCUCCUCCAGACUGGCUGGAAGCCAAAACGCACCAUUGUCCUGGCAUCUUGGGACGCCGAAGAGUACGGUCUACUCGGUUCCACCGAAUGGGUCGAGGAAUACAUCCCAUGGAUCAAGACGUCCAACGUUGCCUACAUCAACCUCGACACUGCCGUGUCCGGCUCCGUCCCAGAUGUAUCCGCUACCCCUGACUUCCACGCCAUUGCCAUGGAAGCUAUGAAGAAGAUCGUCUACCCUUUCCACGGCCUGACCAAUGUCACAAUGUACGACGUCUGGUCUGAGACAGGCGAAAUCGGCGUGCUAGGCUCAGGGUCCGACUACACCGCCUUCCUGCACAACAACGGCAUCUCCUCCAUUGAUAUCGGUGCCGGUCCCGGCCCAGAGGAUCCAGUCUACCACUACCAUUCCAACUACGAUACUUACCACUGGAUGUCCACGUUUGCCGACCCGGACUUCGCAUACCACAAAGCGAUCGGCCAGUACGUGGCCCUGCUGACCUACUACAUGGCCACCGAGGACGUGUUGCCGCUCGAGAGCGCGAACUACGGCGCCGAGAUGACCGCCUACCUCGCCGACCUGCAAUCCACCAUCGACGACGCCGAAGUCGAGCUCGACCUCUCGGAAAUCGUCUCGGCCAUCGAAACCUUCAACGCCUCCGCCGCGGCCUUUGCCGAGCUGUACACGAGCGACAUGGACGAGGACACGGUGACGCUCAUCAACACCAAACUGCGUGACUACCAGCGCGGCUUCGUGUCGAAUGGCGGGAUGCCGAGGCGGGAGUUUUUCCGCCACGUCGUCUUCGCGCCGGGUCUGGAUACCGGGUAUGCUCCCGUCACAUGGCCGGGUGUCACCGAGGCGGUCGUGGCGGGGAAUCUGACCGAGGCGCAGGCCGAGGUCACGCGUGCCGCGGUCGCGGUACAGAGGGCGGCGGAGAUCCUUGCACCGUGA